AUGCUUCACAAUACUUUAUCGAGCGCAGUGAACGCCAAGUUCAUUCAUGUGUUCGCGCUCCUGAUCCUGCUCCGUGAGGUCUCAGCCGCAGUGACCACUAAAAUUCCUGAAAAGGCAUGCGAGAACCCCCUUUUCAACUCCAAUAUCACAAAGUCUCAGGCCAACGCUGUGAUCGGCGAGAUGCUCAUAAAAUUCGGGGUCGAACCGGACUUCGCUCCAAAUGCCUUCCAGUGCAUGUACUAUUUCUCGCACAUCGAUCUCUACAUGCAGGCCCGUCACGAGAUCCACCCCGCGGAUUUCCCCGACGUUCGAGAGGCCAACGAGGAGUUUUUCGAGUGCCUUUCGCAAUUGUCACAUGGCAGCAACGAGGUGUUCAACGAGGUCGCUCCGAGCUCGCAACAAAAACCUCAGAGGCGUGGCAGGAUGAGUCCACCUCUGAACCCCACCCUGGUAGCUCUCUGCGGUAUGAAAGAGGGUCAGUGGGAGUUUCCAAGAAAUAUAUUUUAA